ACUUGAUGUACUCCAGCAACAACCGCAACCUGUGACAAUGCUUUUUGAGCUAUGCCAAAAGGAUGGAAAGCAGGUUGAUAUAAGGCAUUGGAGGAAAGGGGAGAAAAACAUUGCUAGUGUUUACGUCGAUGGGACAUUUAUCGCCUCGGGUUGCUCAGAACAGAAAGAAAAUGCAAAGCUUCAUGCAGCGAAGGCAGCUUUGAAGAAGUUGUCAUAUCCCACAACCAACGACAAAAUGGCUUUAGACCUUUAUGUUGACUUAAAUGGAACAAAUGAUAUUGAAGGAGCAAAACAAAAGUUACAUGAGUUUUGUGACAAAAAGAAAUGGCCAAAACCAAGUUAUAAAAUUGAGAGCGAGGCAGGUCCUUCUCAUGAGAAGAGAUUCGUAUGCUCAGUUCAAAUUGAAACCACUGAAGAGGUGUUGUUUGUGAAGGGAGACGAAAAGUGGAGAAUAAAGGAUGCAGAGAACUCCGCAGCUUCGAUGAUGCUCCGUGGUCUGCAUGAAUCGAAGUAA